AAAAAUCUCCUCUCGACCAACAAUCCUCCAAAACCCUUUCCGCCGGCUCGACCAAGGCUUUGGUCGAGUUCGGCGGUCAAGACGACGCAGGGCGUGAGGCAGUUCUUGGCAAGCGUUCCCACACCGAGCAGCUGGAAGCGUUGUGGAAACGAGCAC